AUGGAGUCGCUAGUGCUGCAGGAAAGGAGGAAUGGGACGGCAGUGGAGGCGUUCAUCUUGGAGGGCUUUCCUGCUGCCCAGCGCCUGGGGAACCUGUUCUUCCUAGUGCACCUGCUGGCCUACUUGGCCUCCAUCACCGGCAACGUGCUCAUUAUCACCAUCAGCUGCGCAGACCGCCGCCUCCACACUCCCAUGUACUUCUUCCUGAGCGGCUUCUCCGGUGUGGAGUGCUGUUUUAUAACCACUGUUAUUCCUCAGUUGCUGACUAUCUUCCUGUACGGGAGGCAAAAAAUUUCCUUCACUGCUUGUUUCACACAAGCCUUUGUCUUUCUUUUCCUGGGGGCAACUGUUUUCUUCCUUCUGGCUGUGUUAUCCCUGGAUAGGUAUCUGGCCAUUUGCAAACCUCUGCACUACCCGACCAUCAUGAACUCAAGGACAUGCUGCCUCCUGGUCACUGCCUGUGUGGUUCUGGGGCUCCUCUCCAUCAUCGUUCCAAUCACGAUGCUCUCCCAGUCAUUCUUCUGUGGUCCCAAUGUCAUCCCUCACUUCUUCUGUGAUUUUGGACCCUUAGCAAAUCUCUCCUGUUCAGAAACCAGGUUUAUUGAAACGCUGUUCUUCAGCCUUGCUUCCGUUGUACUUUUGACAACUCUCGUUGUCGCCGUCUUUGCGUACAGCAAUAUCGUAGUGACAAUAGUGCAUCUCCCGUCAGCCAAGGAGCGAAAGAGAGCUUUCUCCACCUGCUCCUCUCACCUCCUCGUCCUCUCUCUGAUGUAUGGCAGCUGCGUCUUCAUAUAUGUGAAACCGAAGCAAGCCAGCAGACUGGGCUUUAACAGAGGGGCGGCUCUUGUGAACACAAUGGUGACGCCACUGCUGAACCCUGUCAUCUACACGCUGCGCAACAAGCAGGUCCACCGGGCUCUGAGGGACGCUGUGUCCAGGGCGAAAAUGCGCAAGUACAACCACGGAUUUCAGAGGAACUCUGCACCAUCCUUUUGA